CCAGACAUCACUUCUUUGGUGGAAACUUCAGUGACAAGUUUAGCUCCUGCUGUGAUCAGUGCGCGUUUCCCUCAAGUAACCAAGGACUUAUAUAGCAAUUCCCCUACCAACCGCCAAUCGCAAGUCGAAUUUAAUCCAACAUGAAGUUCAGUGCUGCUUUGGCUCUGCUGGUGAUCGCUGGGUUCGUGGCCAGCGGCGAUGCUCUGCCCGCCAGGAAAAAUCGGCAAUACCUCGUUCCAGGAAUGGUCUACUACCAGCAGCCCGCCGCCGCCGAGUGGUACGGUUCCGCGCCCCAGCAGCGCAUCAUGUACAUGCAGUACGUCCAGCCAGGACGCACCCACGCCCGCUCCACCCAGGCAGCCAGCGCCCUGGUGGCCGGAGAGACCGUUGCCACAGGCACCUACCUGAAGGAUUGCAAUCAUGCAGAGUCUGUGGAUGAGCUCAGCGCCGAGGCCCAGGUCGAGGAUGUCCUGGCCGCUGCCGGUGCUCAUGGAGCUACCUCCGUGGCCGAGGCCUAUCCCGAGGAGACUCCUGUUGUCCAGGUGUCCAUCGAUGCUGAUGUCGUGCCUGAGGCUAAGCCCGAGACUGAGCCCGAGGCUGGCGCUGCCGUCGUGGAGACCGACGAAUCCGCCAAGGUGCCACGUGAAUUCAACUUUGUGUCCGAGGAGGCUGCCGCCGCCGCAGUCGCCGCUGAGGAGGAGGCCAUCGCUGAGCCCGUCGUGCCUGCCAACCGUUAUCUGCCCGCCAAGAAGAAGGUCAUUGUUGAGCUCGAGCAGUCCGAGGAGGAUGAGCCCGAGGUCGCUGCCAUUGAGGAUGAGGAAGCCGAGAACACCGUGUCCGACGAUGUUGACGAGGAUGAGGAGGAGCUGCUGGUCGUGCCCGUCAAGCCAGUGAUCAAGAACCCAGCCCGCGUGCCCAAUGCCCGUCGUCCAGCAGCUAAGAAGCCGGUCAAGGCUGCCACUCCAGCUGCCAAGCCCUCGAAGAAGCCUGCCGCUCCCCUGCCCGCCGGCACCUUCUUCCCCAUCGACUUCGGAGGUACCAACGGCGGCGCCAUCGCCAUUGCCAACUCCUUCAGUACCGGCGAAGGAGGCGCUGCCACCAGCCAUGCCAUCGCCUACGGCUCCCCCGACUCUGUGCGAGCCCGCGUCCGUCCCAAUCCCAGCAAGUUCCGCCACUAAGCCACCGACUGAUGACCAUCCUCCACAUCUUGCUAGAUCCAGUCUGUAAAUUAAAGCUUCUCCUGUAAUUAUUAGCGAAAUUGUCAACCUUUGAGCGCAUUUAAAUAAAGUUCUUUCUGUUUUUAAACGCCA